AUGUACUGGGCCCCCGAGAUGGAGCAAUUAAUCCCCAUCAUGAAUCGUCUUCAGGACGCGCUCCUGACUCUGGGAAGCGGUGAUGGCGCAGCAUUUGAUCUGCCGCAGAUAGCAGUCGUAGGGGCUCAGUCUGUGGGGAAAUCUUCUGUCCUAGAGGCGGUGAUUGGCAAGGAUUUCCUUCCGCGAGGCACUGGUAUUGUCACGAGACGGCCCUUGAUACUUCAACUGCAACACACAUCUGGAACGACGGAAUGGGGGGAGUUCAGCCAUUCUCCAGGCCACCGGUUCACGGACUUUGCACAGAUAAGGAAGGAGAUUGAGAGGGAGACGGAAAGGGUGACGGGCCGCUCGAAGAACAUCUCCCCCAUUCCAAUUUGCCUCAAGAUUUUCUCGCCCAACGUUAUUGACUUGACGCUUGUCGAUUUGCCAGGCAUUACAAAAGUGCCUGUUGGGGAUCAGCCGUCAGACAUUGAGCUGCAAAUCCGCAAGAUAGUCUUGCAGUAUAUAAGUCAGCCCUCUUGUGUUAUCCUUGCCAUAACCGCGGCCAACACCGAUAUCGCCAAUUCCGACAGCCUCAAGAUCGCUCGAGAUGCUGACCCAGAAGGCAUUCGAACAAUCGGAGUGGUUACCAAAGUCGACACAAUGGAGGAAGGCUGUGACUGUGCUGACGUGCUUCUAGGGAAAGUCUACCCACUAAGAAGAGGUAUGAACGACUCUGACAUUGCUCUGCCGGUGCUCAGAUUUGUUGGCGUAGUGUGUAGAAGUCUCGCCCAGACACGAAAGCCCUCCACUCUGUAUUUCUUUUACUUGCACUUCGAAAGGGUCCCCCACGUAGAGUUCUUUACAUCCCUGAUUCAUGAAAACUCAAAACUGUGGGAGGGGAAAACGAUGCUAAUUUUCCAUGGUUCGCAUUUGGACAUAUUUUCACUGGUGAUCUUCUGGCUGCAGGUGCUGAUGCAGCAUAUCCGGGAAUCGUUGCCGGAGCUUCGUGAGAGGCUGCAGAAACGGCUUCAAGAGGCGGAAGCAGAGCUGGCUGGAUACGGGGAUCCACUGCUGGAAGCCAAAGGAAAUGCUGGGGCGUUGCUUUUACAUUUCUUUUCCAAGUUUGCUCGCAAUUUUCAGGAUGCAAUUGACGGGAAGCUGCAGUCUCAGCACUCCUCGGAUCAUUUGAUGGGCGGGGCGCGCAUAAAUUUCAUCUUCCAUGAUUGGUAUGGCAGGGCCUUGGCUGAAUUCGACCCGCUCAGCGGCCUCACCGAUCACGAAAUUCGCACUGCCAUCCGGAACGCUACGGGUCCCAAAGCUGCCCUAUUUGUGCCGGAAAGUGCAUUUGAAAUCCUGGUCAAGAAACAAAUCCAGCAGUUAGAGACUCCUUCGUUGCUUUGCGUCGAACAAGUGUAUGACGAACUGCAGAAGAUCGUCGAGAAAUCUGAACUUCCCGAGAUGUCUCGAUUCACGAAUCUCAGAGACCGCAUUCUGGAGGUCGUUUGUGGGGUGCUGAAGAGGUGCCUGGCCCCUACAAAUCAAAUGAUCCACAAUAUUAUCCAGAUUGAGCUGGCAUACAUAAAUACGAAUCAUCCAGACUUCAUGAGCAACAAAGCCCUUCCGGGACUCUUUGGGGACAGUAACUCCAGCAGACGCGAUUCCUAUUCGCCGGGAUUAGGAAGCUGCCUACAGCCUCCACUGCCUCCGCAACAGCAAAGUGUGAAGCCGUCUGCACCAUCGGAGAAGGAGCCACCGCCCUCUCCUCGAGGGGAAUUUGGUAGUGGAGGCAUCCGCAUGCCCGCAGUUCCGCCCGUUGUCGCGCCGUCAGAUAUCCCAUCCGACCGGGAGCAAAUAGAGACUGAACUUAUCAAGUCGUUGCUGUGGUCUUACUUCCAGAUUGUCAGGAAGAACGUUGCUGAUGCGGUUCCAAAGGCGAUCAUGUACUUUAUGGUGAACACGGCGAAGGAUGUGCUUCAGAGAGAGCUAGUAGCUCAACUGUACAGAGAAGAGCUCUUUGGGGAGCUCAUGAAGGAGGCUGGUGACAUCAGUGCGAAACGACAGCAAUGCAAGCAGCUUUUGAAAUCUAUACGGAGUGCACUUGAGAUUAUUUCUCAAGUGAGGGAGCUCGGGGCGGAGGACACUGCGUUGCCGGCCAGACGACACCUCUAG